AUGUACGAGAAUCAAACCUAUCUCAACUCCAAAGAGGCCAAGUAUGCCCUGGGCACCCAUCGUGGCCCUCUGGAUGGAGACGGGGUCGAUCUCGAGCAUAUCGAGACCGUCGAUACCAUUACCCUGGAGAAGAUCAAACGGACUCCCACGCAGAAUCUACGACGACAUUGGGCUCGAUUCUGUUUCCUGUUAAUCAUCCCAGCCAUUGCUCAACGAGUCGUCGACAACUCAACUCUCCUGCUCACCCGAGCCGACGUGAUGAAGCCACGGCCGGACUCGAUCGAAUUGACUAUUGAAGCCGCUCUGAAACUCCCCAUUGGCGUUCCGGUGCGCAUUGAUCCAAUCACCAUGGACCUGUUCAACCGUGACAACUCCGGAAACGGCACGUUCGCGAAGCUGUACAUGGACCGCGCCACCAUCGAUGGCAAUACCACCCUGAAGGUUGAAAAUCAGCACACCCCGUUGAACGUCCCGGAGUGGAAAAAAUACAUACACAACGUAGUGUUCACGAAGAAUGGGCCGCUGCCUGUCAAGGGUAAGACCACUGCGUAUCUCGGGGCAUUGAAAAACCAUAUCACGAUGGACAAGGAUAUUCCUCAAAACAACCUGAAUUCCUUCGACGGAUUCAACAUCAAAGAUACCCAACUUGUUCUGCCAGCCCGAGAAGACGGGACGAACCUCAUUGCCAAUGCAACCCUACCCAAUCCCUCCGUCAUGACAUUAGAGAUUGGAAAUAUAACCCUAGACCUCAAAUCCGACGACCUGGUAAUCGGCAACGCCACCAUCGACAACCUGAUGCUCCGACCAGGCAACUACUCGAACCCGGUACACGGGAUCCUAGACAUCCGGAUCCUGCUCCGGAAUCUACGCAAGGUCCUAUCCUCACAGCUGCCCUCCCUCCGCGAGGGAUACCUCAAGCUAGAGACGGUGACUAAAACAGUCAUCUACGAGGAUGUCGAAGUGCCCUACUACACGGAAGUCAUGAAGGGACUUCCCUUGACGGCGAAGGUCCCAAUUGCUGGGCUUAUCACCAAUACCCUGCGGGGGAUUCUCAAUGGAAAUAUCACAGAUUUGUUACAUGACGUCGCGCAGAAUAUGAACGUGACGCAAAAGGGGGGCGGUCUCCUCAAUGAUCUGUUAGGUAGUGAUGAUGAUUCUGGGAGUGGCAAGGGGAAGAGGUCCAUGGAGGAACGGAUGUUGCAUGGGAUUUUGAAUUCUCCUGAUAAACGAGAGGAGAUAUUGGAUGUAUUGGAGGCGUUGAAUCUAUGA